AUGUCGGGACUGGCGAAGUUCGUCGACCUCCAUGGGACCAUUGGAGCGUUGGAACUCGGGUCGCUAUUCUCGAUGUUUUUGUUCGGGGUACUGAGCGUCCAAUUGCACCUCUACUACCAACGAUUCCCAGAUGACCGAUGGUACUACAAAUGGAUGGUCGCACUUAUGUGGGUCCUCGAACUAGGCCACACAUUCUGCAUAUCAGCCGAAGUCUACCACAUAACAAUCUCAAGAUACGGCGACAUCCUAGCCCUAAUCGACCUCCCCUUCCUCCCAUGGACAGUCUUCAUCACCGCAACAAUCACUAGCUUCACCCAUAUCUUCUACUCCCUCCGCGCCUGGGUCGUCAUCUCCAAACCAUGGUGCUACAUCGCGCCCCUCUGCCUCCUCGCCACCACCGCCCGCUUCGCAGGGAGCAUCUGGGCCGGUAUCGGCGCCGUCAACGCAGCCAACGUCCGAGAGUACCAGCGGAACCUCUCGUGGCUCGUCUUGACGUUACUCUCGAGCUGUGCGGCCAUCGACGCGAUUUUGGCGAUUGCGAUGGUGUCUUGGUUGUGGAGGAGGAGGAUAAAGACUUUCGCCAGGUCUACACGCCUCUUGGAUAGAAUCAUGCACUUUACCAUCGGGAGCGGAUUCUUACUAAGUGUGUGCACUGUAGUCUUGGCCAUCUCGUUCGAUCGCCUUCCGGAUACGAUGAUCUGGAUCGCCAUCUUCGCAUGCCAGGCUAAACUCUAUUCCAACAGCGUCCUCGCCUCGCUCAACUCGAGAGCAAGCCUCCGAGCAGGCAGACCCGACUACUCAACCGGCUCCAACCACGUCCAACUCUCAUCCGCAAGUCGACACCGAGAAGUGACAAGCGGUACCGGUACCCAACCCGUCGUGAUCUCUGUAGAGAUGAAGUCGACGACACACCGAACAGUCGACGAGCCCUACUACGCCGAUAAGACGGUGGACCAAACGCUAAGGUUCCACGACGUGGAGCGAUAUGGCAACGGCGGUGCCCCAAAACCAUUCUGA